AGCCCCAGCCGCGGCAGAGAGGACUUAUCCCGCGGAGGGGUACGACCCUCAGAGAUCUCUCAAAUCUCUCGGCUGCCGCACACCGAACCGCGCACGAUAUGAGCCAGGUCACCUGGACCGGGAAGACGACAAACAUGCUCCCGGAGAUCGCAGCAGCAGUCGGCUUCCUCUCCAGCCUCCUCAGGACCCGAGGCUGCGUGAGCGAGCAGAGACUGAAGGUGUUCAGCAGGGCUCUCCAGGAGGCACUAACAGAGCACUACAAACACCACUGGUUUCCUGAGAAACCAUCCAAGGGCUCUGGGUACCGCUGUAUCCGCAUCAACCACAAGAUGGACCCCAUCAUCAGUAAGGUGGCCAGCCAGAUUGGACUCAGCCAGCCCCAACUUCAUCAGCUGCUGCCAAGAGAGCUCACUCUGUGGGUUGACCCCUAUGAGGUAUCCUACCGAAUAGGGGAGGAUGGCUCUAUCUGCAUCCUGUAUGAGGAGGCCCCGGUGGUCACCUCCUAUGGGCUCCUCACCUGCAAGAACCAAAUGAUGCUGGGCAGGAGCAGCCCCUCCAAGAACUAUGUGAUGGCUGUCUCCAGUUAGCUCCUCUGCCACCCUCGCCUGCACUCGACUGUACUCAUCCUGCGGUGACAACAGGCCACAUCAUACCUCAACCUGGGGAACUAUAUUUUAAAUGAAGAGAUAUUUAUAUGUAAUAUUUUUUUAAGAAAAGGGGAGGAAAAACACCUAAAGAUUUUUUUAAAGAAGAAAAAAAUCCUUAAAGGGUGCUGCUUGGAAGCAGCCACCCAGGUGCCUUUGGAGACAACUGUUGUGCACUUCAGUCUGGGAGCCAGUGUCUGCCUGUGGGAGUGGAGAGUGUUUAGAGGUGGGCCUGACCAAGGUGAGGUGAGGGAAGCUUGGCCAGCGCCUCAAGAAGAUGUGAGAGGGAGCAAGCAAGGUUAACAGCUGUAAAUGAGAUAGAUCAAGAUCUGCCCCGGGAGCUAGGGGGGAGGCUGCUUCAAGUCUGUCACUCUCCCAAACCUGCAUCCCUGACCUCAUGGACAUUCAGGAACUUAACUCAUGCUGCCUAAUCUUCACUUCUGUUUUUCUGAUGAGAUCCUGGGCAGAGAAUGAUUCCUUCUAUCCUAAGCAGCUUUUUAUAAAAUCAUCACUAAAUUCUAUCCCGAGGGUCUUGUAGAUGUUGCUUCUCAGCCAGGAAUCUAAAGCUUAUUGUUUUGUGGGUGUCAGGGGAGUGAGUAAGGCAGGGGUUGCUUUGCAAUGUGUUGUUUUGUGUGUACCUGUAGUGAAUAAUUUGGGGGGUGAUUUGCAAUGGAAUUUUAGGAUCCAAAGAGUAUCCACUGGGUUUUUUCCUCUUUUUUUUAGGCCAAAAUUCUUCUUUUUGGAACCACAUGAAAGUCCUAAUGCUGCUGCCAUUAUCCCUUUGAGAGGUGGCUCAAAAGCUAUAGGGAACACCAGGUCUUUUAUUUUACUGCCUUCUUUUAAAAAAGCACAAAACUCCUCUCUAACUCUCCCCACUUCUUCCCUCUGGUUGAGUCAUGGAGCUACCCUAUUUUCUAGGACAAGAGUUCUCAGUCACUGUGCAAUAUGGCUUCCCAGUCCCAGAAGGAGGUAGAAAUCUAGCCCUCACAACCUCCUGGUGCUCUGGUGGGCUGAGGGAGCCAUCUGUCUCUCUGUCCUCAGAACUGUAGCUGGCUGCUCAGGUAUCCCUUGGCUGAUGGAGAGAAAGCCCCAAAUUCUAUAGGAUUACUUGGUAUUCUUGUAAUGCUGACACUAAAACCAAACAUUGGGCAUUGUUUUUUCUCCCUGGUGCUCAGAGCACCUCUGGGAGAAGUUGCUGACUUCCUCAGUUCAAUCCAAGUUUGUCUGUGGAUUUGUGCAAUAUUUACUAUUCUGGGUUGGAGAAAAAAUGGAAAACUAACUUUGGUUUCUCAGUGACAUUAGUGAGGGGUCCUCAGAAGGCCUUGAGCUUUCUAAACCUGAACCACGUUAAAAAGGACAUAGCUAGAACAUCUGGUCAACCUGGCUACCCUCCUGCCAUUGACCUUUAUAGUGAGGAAUCUCCCCCACCCCCACCCACCACCACUCUUAAAGUCCCCUCUCCAUUGCAUCCCCCUUUCCUGAGUUUCUUAACUACUCAUUCUGACUCAGAGGUGCUAUUUAACAAACACUCUCCCAACCCAUUCCUGCCUGUUUUGCCUCCUUUUCAAUUCUCCAGAUCCAAGCUGUUUUCCUAAACUCUGCUUACAAUGUUUAUUGCUUUAAAGGUAGGUCCGGGCCCACAGACACAGGAGCUUAUUUUCUGGCUGGUGGGUUGAAACAAAGCUGUGAAUCCCUGAAGAUUAUGUUGUUGCAUUUUGUCUGCAAACAGGUCCCUGCUUUCUUAGAAACAACCUCAUGGUCUCAUGCUAAAUCUUUUCUCUCUUCUCUUCUUUUUGAUGUUCACUUUAAAAAAAUAAAAAUGCCCAGAGCUGAACUGUUGAACAGGCCUGUCUCUCCUAUUAGGUAAAAAAUAAUAGUGCUUGUGUAAGCUAUUCUGAAAGAAAAGACAAAGGUUACUAAUUGUCAAAUAGUGUUUUUAUAUGGAAGAAUGUACAGCUUUAUUGACAAAUGUACACUUUUUUGUUACUUUAAUAAAACUGUAGCAGAUGAA